AUGAAUACUUCUUCCUUAUCGAAUGUAAAUGAUGUUAUUGAUCUUGAUUCUUCAACAGAUUCCAACAAUAUUGAACAAACCACUUCUUCUAUUUCAUCUGAUUUAUCAAAUGUGCCGCAUAUUAUUUCACAUUUAUCUGCAGAAAAUAUUAUUACGAAUUUAAAAUUUAAUAAAAGUAAUUGGUUUGUUGUUGAUGUAACAGAUAAAAAAUCUAAUUGUUGGAAAUGUUUUGGUAUUUCUGCUCGACAAACUGAUAAAGGAAAACAAGAAGUUUUUGACAAAUUUGUAUUAUGCAAGUAUUGUUUUGUUACAUAUAGUUAUACAUCUAGUACCAGAAAUAUGAAUAAACAUAUGCAAAUAUGUGAUGCAUAUGAUCCUAAACAAACUCAUUUCGCAACUUCACCAGCAUUUAAUUCUUUACAAUUGAUUGAUUCGUCGAUUUCAUCAACUUCAUCAUCUUCUUCGAAUAAUAAAAACAUUGAACAAUGCAAACAAAAAAUGACCAAUUUAUUAUCUGAAUGGAUAUGUACAAAUAUACGUCCAUUAGGCUAUACUUGUGGUCCAAUUAAAUCUGAUGCUAUUUUAUCAUCUCGAAGAACAGUAGCUAGACAAAUAAAAUCCGCUGCUGCAACUGGACGUAAAAAAAUUAAAGAAAUUUUAUUAAAAGCUGUACGUGAACGAUCAUUAGCUUUAUCACCUGAUAUUUGGUCAGAUAAAUAUCGUCAACAAUCAUAUUUAGGAUGUACAGCUCACUGGGUUGACGAUACAUGGAAUUUAUAUUUCUUCGAAAUAUUUUGUAUAUCAUUUGAUACUCCAAGUAAAAAAGCACCUAAUCUGCUGAAGGUCUUGAAAAAAGGUUCAUCUAUUUAUGAUCUAACAAUAUAUAUGCGAGAUAUUAUUUGGGUUACUGAUCGUGGGUCAAAUAUUAAAAAAAUAUUAGAAGAAUAUGAAGUUGUAUUCUGUUCAGCACAUAGAAAAAACUUACAACUACAUGAUGAAUUUCAAGAAGAUGAUGAAGAAAAAAUGACUGAUUCGGAAGAAUCAAGUGAAGAUUAUGAUGAUAAUGCUAUGGAUUUACAACAACAUUCACCAACAAAUCAACGACGACAACAUCACCAACAAAAAAUAAAUAAUUCUACGUCAAUCAUUGUGACAGUUAAACAUAAUCAUUUAGUUAUGUUGGAGUCAGAGAUUCCACCUGAAGCAACACGUAUUAUUACUUUAAUUCUUUCUGUAAAACAGUUAGUAAAAUAUGUUAAAUUAGUAAACAUUAAUCAAGCUCUUGAAGAUAAAAAAUCUCCUCGAUUAAUACAAAGUACAAUCAUUCGAUGGUUAUCAAUGUUUGAUUGUCUUGAAGCUGUGCUAAGAUCAUUUUUACCAUUAAAUGAAAUAUUUGAAGAAAAAGAAUUAAAUAAAAAACGUUUAGAAAAAAUAAAUGUUGUUUUAUUGGAAAGAAUCAUCGAAUUCUUGAAACCAUGGAAACAUGUAUCAACACGAUUACAAUCGACGAAUAUACCAUCAAUUCACGUUGUUAUACCUGGUAUUGAAAGUUUAAAAACAAGGUUGGAAUCAAUUUCUAAUGAUGCAAAAUUCGCACAUGAAAAAGAUAUGAUGUUUUUUCGUCAACGUGGGAAAAUAUUGAUUGAUGCAAUGUUUGAUUAUCAUCCCAUUCAUCUCAUGGCUUUAUUCUUAAAUCCAAGAACUAGAAAAAUGAAACAAUGUACCAAUAGUCAACGACAAUCAUGUUUAGAAUAUAUUAAACAAGAAAUGAUUAUGUUUGAUGCAUUUGAUAGUGAUACACAAUCAAUUGAUAACAGUGACAAAUCAAAACAAUCCUGCUCUGCCAAUGCUUCUCCAUUAUCUGAUCAAGAAUAUAAUCCAUUACAUUUUUGGAAGCAAAAUCAUUCAUUAUAUCCACGUUUAGCAAAAAUUGCCAAACGAGUAUUUACAGUACCAGCAACUAGUACUGCUGUUGAAGGGAAGUUUUCUUUGGCUGGAAAUAUUGUAACUAAAAAACGUUCAAAAUUAUCUCCCGAAACAGUGAAUGAUAUUAUUUUUCAAAACUCGUUUGAAAAAUAUAAAAGAAAAAAUGCACAAAACAAAUAA